AUGAAGCCCGAGGCUCAGGGGCGGCGCUCAGGGGCUCUCGCAGGCUCAGGGGCUCUCGCAGGCUCAGGGGCUGCGCUCAGGGGCUCUCGCUCAGGGGCGGCGCUCAGGGGCUCUCGCAGGCUCAGGAGCGGCGCUCAGGGGCUCUCGCAGGCUCAGGGGCGGCGCUCAGGGGCUCUCGCAGGCUCAGGGGCGGCGCUCAGGGGCUCUCGCAGGCUCAGGGGCGGCGCUCAGGGGCUCUCGCAGGCUCAGGGGCGGCGCUCAGGGGCUCUCGUAGGCUCAGGAGCCGCGCUCAGGGGCUCUCGCUCAGGGGCGGCGCUCAGGGGCUCUCGCAGGCUCAGGGGCGGCGCUCAGGGGCUCUCCCAGGCUCAGGGGCGGCGCUCAGGGGCUCUCGUAGGCUCAGGAGCCGCGCUCAGGGGCUCUCGUAGGCUCAGGAGCCGCGCUCAGGGGCUCUCGCAGGCUCAGGGGCGGCGCUCAGGGGCUCUCGUAGGCUCAGGAGCCGCGCUCAGGGGCUCUCGCAGGCUCAGGGGCGGCGCUCAGGGGCUCUCGCAGGCUCAGGGGUGGCGCUCAAAGGCUCUCGUAGGCUCAUGGGCGGCCGCGUCGGGAGGCCUUGCGCCAGGACACUCCCCAGGCGGCCGUGGAAGUUAG